AGGAAGAAUUAAUGUUGUCCAAGAUAAUACUUAAUUGACUUUGAUGAUAUAGACUCUAAUCUAUCCUAAUCUAGAUGUCUAUUGCAAUCUCAGAAUGUGAUUGUUAACUCUCUGAAAAUGUCACAAAAGAAAUCUUCUGCUGAUAAAGAUAAGAGGAAAAGAAGAACAUGUGAUGAAUUUAAUCCUAAAACUGUAAACAAGUUUGGUUUCAGUAGUUCAUCACAUGAUAAUAGCCCUUGCUCCAGCAGCCUGAACACGACUCUAACUAGAGAAAGGGAAAGAAAAUGGUUUGAAAUGCUCAAAAAUUGGGAUCAUCUUAUGACAUCCAGCUACGACAAGGUGCGUGUGCGGUGCAGGAAAGGAAUCCCACACUCUCUAAGGGCGGCGGUCUGGCGGGCACUUUGUGGUGCUGCAAAUCUCCAGCAGAAGAAUCCUGGCAUGUUUGAGGAUUUGUUACGAAAGGAGAGUCAGUGGAUGGUAUACAUUGAAAAAGAUCUUCCUAGAACCUACAAAUUACACGAACUGUUUGCGGAAGAGGGUGGCUUAGGGCAAACUGAAAUGAAGAAGGUUCUGAAGGCUUAUUCUAUUUACAAUCCUAAAGUAGGCUACUGCCAGGGGAUGACCUCAAUAGCAGGAAUAUUGUUGAUGCUGAUGCCAGCUGAGCAAGCGUUCUGGUGUCUGGUGGCGAUAAUGAACAAGUAUCUGCCCGGUUACUUCAGCGACGGGCUGUUGGCUGUUCAACUUGACGGAAGGGUAAUGGAGUCCCUCGUUAACGAUAUUGAUCCUAAAAUCAGUGCUUUUUUGAGAAGGAACGACGUACAGGCUACAUUUUAUGCAGUGGAGUGGUUCCUCUGUGCGUAUACUCGGACCUUGCCUUGGGAAACAGUUCUACGAAUAUGGGACAUGUUCUUAUGUGAAGGUGUUAAAGUUUUAAUAAAGACGGGUGUGACUUUACUUAUGCUGGCAUUUAGCGACAAGAAAGUACGGGAUGUCUGUGACAGUUUCGACAAAGCUCUUAAAUACUUGAAGUAUCGGCUACCUGAUCAGUUACUGGAAGAGGAUUUCUUCGUCAAUGAGCUCCUGAGCCUGCAUAUAUCAGAGGAACAGUUGAAGGAAACUCAUCUCGCCCAGCUGGCAAAACUUCAGGACAUUUACAGAUAGAUAAAAUAUAUAAAUCCUCUUGUUAGAGUAUUUGUUGAUUCAAUAUUAGAAUUGUUUCAUUUUAUUGAUUCUAGGAUUAGAUAUUUUGUUAUUUUUUGGGAGCUAAGGCAUGCAAGCUAGUAAUAAAAAAAAUUAAUUGUGGGUAAUUUGCCAAUUUUUGUUUCAGUAAAGUUUGUUUUAGUACUAAAAAUGUUGAUGUAAUUUUAGAUUAUGUCAUCGAAUUUUGAUCG